GAUGCUAGGCUGAACGACAUCUCCGCCGAGGUCAGCAACAGGAGCAUGACGCCUCGCGGGAGAGUGGCGUUCGUGGAUGGCAAAGUGAAGGAGCUCGAAGAGUUCUCCGACGAGGAUGUCUGGGAGUUCCACAAGCCGACCAGAACUGAAGAUCCCAAGCGUAUCCUGGAGGCCAAGUGGGCAUUGCAGUGGAGCAAGAACGACGAUGGUACCCGCGGCGUUGCCCACAACAUCGAGAUUGGGACGUCAGCUGGCUAUGCCACUGGCGGCGAACAACGGAUGGAGACUUUGGACAGCAGACGCGGCUGCAGCAUUCCUUCAAGGGCGAUCCCAAGAGCGGGCGCUCUACGCAAAAAGUACACAGACGCAGCAGACCCGAUGGGCAUCGAGCCCGACGCGCUGAUGAAGCUGAUCAGGCCCAUGCGCGGGCAGGUGGGCGCGCCGCGACGUUGGUGGCAACGAGCAGUUGGCGACCUCGAGGCCAGCGGUCUCAAGCAACGCCCGCUGGACCCGUGUCUACUCGUGAGCUACGACACGGGCGGCGGCAGCGACGGCUUCAUCCUACUCCACGUGGGCGACGUGCUGGAGGAGGCAGUCAAGAGCAAGUUCAAGUUCUGGAAAUGGAUCGAGAAGGGCAAGAUGGAGCCCUGCGGAUCGGACCCACACCAGACGACUCAUUGGAACAACAAGCAGGCCAACAGCACCGAUCUCAACAUCAAGGUGCAGACGCGCGCCUGCGACCUCAAACCGAUCGCGAUCGACUGGGGCAACGGUGACAACGACCGCCCAUUCACGCUCAAGGGAGAUCCGACAAAUUCGAAGAUUAUUUUGAGCGCUGCAGUUGCCAAGUUCCCAG